AUGGCGCAGCAGGGAGGGCAGGACCCGGCGGCGGCAAUCGAGAUGGCCAAGCAGGAGAUGGAUUACCGGGUGGCGCUGUUCAACGCCAUGGUGUCGUCUUGCUACGAAAAGUGCAUAGACAAGCGGUACAAGGACGGCGAGCUAUCUGUGGGGGAGAACAGCUGCAUCGACCGCUGCUCCUCCAAGUACUGGCAGGUGACAGGAAUUGUUGGGCAGAUGCUGGGGUCGCAGGGCGGCAUGCACUGA